GUGGCAUCCAAGGAGCUCGAGUCCAUCAAGCAGCAGCUGGUGGAAGAGGCCCAGACAGAGGCGUCAUCCCUACGCGAGGAGGCUGCCCGGCAGUUGGCAGAGGUCGCUUCACUGCGAGCGGCUCUUUGCCAGUCAGAGGUGGCAUCCAACGAGUUCGAGUCCAGGAAGCAGCAGCUGGUUGCCGAGGCGCAGACAGAAGCGUCAUCCCUACGCGAGGAGGUCGCCCGGCAGUUGGCAGAGGUCGCUUCACUGCGAGCCGCCCUUUGCCAGUCGGAGGCGUGCGAGUCCAGCAAGCAGCAGCUGAUCACAGAGGCCCAGACAGAGACGUCAUCCCUACGCAAGGAGGUUGACAGCCAGCUUGAAGAGCGUGCUUCACUGCGAGCCGCUCUUUGCCAGUCGGAGGUGGCAUCCAAGGAGCUCGAGUCCAUCAAGCAGCAGCUGGUGGAAGAGGCCCAGACAGAGGCGUCAUCCCUACGCGAGGAGGCUGCCCGGCAGUUGGCAGAGGUC